AUGUCCAGCCAAGGGAGACAUGGUGCCAAAACUCGUACUGCAUGCCUAACCUGUAAAGCCAGGAAGGUGAAGUGCUCCGAAGAGAGACCAGCGUGCAGAAGAUGCAUUAAAACUGGCAGGACCUGCGAAGGAUAUCAAUUGGUGCUGGUCGACGGCACGUCAACAAUUAUCAAUCGCACAGCCAACCUCCCAACGAUCAACGGCUCCGAUAGCCUACUGUCGGCUUUCAGCGCCACGGAAGACGAAUGGCAAGCUUACCGUCUCUACACUCAAAGCAUAGCAUGCAGACUCGGUGGAGCCUUCGACACCGACUUGUGGCAGAAACUUGUCAUCCAGAUCUCCCAGGGGAAUGCCACCGUUCGCAAUGGUGUCUUCGCUCUCGGCAAUCUGUUCAGGCAUCGAAGUGAUGAGACCAAUCGCCAUAUUUCGACAUGCUCCUGUUCUCACUGCCUUCACGCUUUGAGAUCGUACAACAAGUCCAUAACAUCAUUUUCGAAGAAUGUGGCACGACUCGACGACCCUGCCUCGGUGAAUGCAGCUCUGGCUUCAUGUGCUGUGUUCAUCUGCAUCGAAUACUACAGGAUGAAUGAUCGCAAUGCAAUUGCCCUAAUCGACAAAGGUUGUGGCAUGCUGUUCGAAUCACGCCAUGCAACCCCUGAUGUUCAGAAACGCGGCAUACAUCCCGCAUUUAUCAAUUUGUUCGGCCGCCUUCGCGUUUUGUCUGCCACAUUUGGCUACACGGUGGCUCGGCCACUGCUAGGGCAGGCUUCAACAGGUGGCGAUAUGCUCCAAAACUUGUCAGAUCGCUUGGAACGAGCACGGAGUUCUCUUUACGACAUCAUGGCAGCUACUCAGGCUUUGAGGCUGCAGUCCUUUCAGGUGCUAGUCCCGCUCUGGCCCCUAGGCAGCCCUUCGACCUCGAUCGAGGCCUUACAUAACGACCGCGAGGCGAUCAUGUCAAGGUUGCAAAUUUGGGAACAGGAAUUCGCGGAGUUGCGCAAAUUACUCUGGCCAAAGCCUCUAGAGUCGUCUCUUCCUGCCUUGAUUCUCCAUGCGCACUUUCUGAAAACAAAGAUUUACACGGAAACAAGCAUGGACUUAUCGCAAGCUCGAUACGACAAAUACCUCCCGGAGUUCCAAGGUAUCGCAGAAGCCGCUGAACAUGGUCUUCCUCAGCUACUACCAGCGGACGAAACAGCCAAUUUCUCCUUUGAGACCUGCUUCUUGCCGACCCUCUACCUCAGUGUCUUGAAAUGCCGGCAACCAGCGUUACGAAGAAGGAUGUUGGCGUUGAUGCGCCUCUCAAGGGAGAAGGAGGGCCUCUGGCACCGAGACGAAUCUAUCCGAGUUGCCACAAGGGUCAUAGAACUUGAGGAAGGUCGUUCCGAUUUCGUCCCCGACAGCAACGAUCAUAUUGACAGGAUACCCAAUGUGCCGAUCCGUUUCCACGACGUCUUGUGUGGAGUCAACUAUGUCAAGGACGGUAAAACAAUGGUUGAUGUAACUUAUGUUCUGUAUGAUGACCAUUCUGAGCAUCAGUGGCAAUCGAUGAAAGAGACUCUGCUGGUAGAUGAGUGA